AUGGGAUCCCCCAUUAAGAUCAAUUCUAUAUCCAUAGAUCUUGCAGAUGCUGCCAACAAGACUGAUAUGGUAAAAUGUGAACACUUCUCCAUACGUCGAUUCGUAGCUGAAGCCUGUGAGAGAGACCCUAAGAUAUGUUGGCCGUUCUCAGAAAAGAGUCUUAGUUUGGCGGAUCAAGAAAGCUUUUCUUUUCCUUUGUCUUCUCCAGAGUUUAGAUGGUGGGGUUGUACGAGCUGCGUCAAAGAUCUCAAAACCGAUGAGACUAAGACUAGUGAUUGUGGACUGCAUUCAAACACAAAAACCAUUGGAGAGAAAAAUCUCGAUGGAAACUCUUUGGUUAUUCCAAGUAAAAGCACACUGAAUUUGCUAACUGUCAUUGAUCACGAGAAAGAACAGAAAACUCAUGUUGCAGGUAAUGCUGUUGAGGAGAAUGAGAAUGCAAUUCGUGAAAGAUCUCAGAAGGAAAAUCAUCAGACAGCUACUAUGUUACUCAAGAAAGCUCUUCCUCGAGCUAAGGAUGCUUCUACUGUUAGGAGCAAGAGCAGAAAGCUUGCAAGUCCAGAGCAAGUAGGCAACAAAAGAUCUAAAGAGAAACAGAAAGUGGAUCAGGAUGUGACGGCUUUCGGGCCAUCUGAUAUUGCUGGUGUGGUUGAAGGUAAAGCAACCAAGAAUCGUAAAGGCACUCGUGUUCAGAUGGAAUGCGAUAAUGUAUCAUCAGAGAGUGGAUUGCUGCGUAGGAAAAAUCCCAAACUUCGUCUACUCAGCGACUUGCUUGCUAAAGCCAACACCAAAACCAGUGGUGGUAGUAACAACAACGUCAGAAAAGAAGAGUCUUCUGGUUCGAAGAGGGAAUCUGUUAGAGGAAGAAAAAGGAAGGUUUUGCCUGAAAACAAUAAUGUCAACAAGAAAUUAAGAACAACUUCUGAAAAUGCCUCCAAAAGCUCUGACUCUGAUAGUGAAUCAACUGAUAGCGAGGGGCUUGACAGAGAUCCAAUUAAAGGUAAGCAGAAGAACAGAAGAUUUCAAGUGGUUGAUGAGUUUGUACCAUCAUCAUCACUUCCUUGUGAAACUUCACAAGAAGGCAUCCAUGUGAAUGGUGUAGCUCCCAGUAAGAGUACUGCUUUAACAAUUCCUGUGCAAGAUUCGGUUCCUUGUCCUCGACCGAGUACUCACAAAACAGAGAAGAAGCUCAGUUUAGCCAAGAAGAAGACAAAGAAGCCUGUAAUAGAUAACGUGAAGAAGGGCCUGAUCAGUUUUAGUACCGGAAUGGAUGAAGGAAAUCAGGUUAAACCGCGAAAUGGUCCUUCGGUUUCCCAAUUAUCGACUCGUGAUUUGCUGAAUGAGAAAAGGGUGGGCGACGACCGUUUGGCUGCAGAAAGAUGUUUCAUAGGAUAUACUCCUCAGUCUAAUGGUAAGCUGGUCAUUUGUUCGCCUUUGCAAGACAAUGGUCAUGUCAGGCCAAGAGAUGCAGAGACAAACUGUUUUGGUUCGUCUUCUAAAUCCAACACAGUUGGAUGGUUGAGAAGUGGAGUAGAUGUUGCUGACCCCAGAAGCAACAACAACAAUACAUAUACAUCAUCUUUCACAAACUUCAAACAACACACCCCUACUUCUGCUGAAGUUGUGAAUCUAUCUUCUGUGCUGCAAAAGGGUGCUUCUGGUGCUGACAGAAAGGGGAAGACAGUUAUGGUCCCAGAACAUCAUGGAGCAUCCGGAAGCCAAAGCCACGAUAAAAAGGCGAACAUACCUGAAGAGCAUAACGAUGAUAUUCCCAUGGAGAUAGUUGAGCUCAUGGCCAAAAACCAAUACGAGAGGUGUCUACCCGACAAAGAAGAGGAAGUUAGCAACAAACAACCGUCACAAGAAACGGCACACAAGUCCAAGAAUGGUCUACUGAUUGAUCUCAAUGAAACCUAUGAUAACGGGAUCUCACAUGAGGACAACAACACAUCAAGACUACCAAUCCCUUAUGGUAACGAUGCUAGAAACAAUGGACACUUCCCGAUGGGAAAACAGCAGAAACCUCUUGACUUUUUCCCAAUAAGCAAGCCUUGUGCGCCUCCUCGGUUUGGGAUCUUUCCUUCUACUCAAGAAAACCGAGCUGCCCCCAUUCAGUUUUCUGGUCAGAACAGCCAGUGGCUUGGGAAUGUACCAACUAUGGCUACUCAGAACCCAUCUCCAUCCCCAUCACGGGUAUUACGCGGUUGUAAAACAUGCCAGAGUGUUCCGCAUCAGUAUAGAGAAGCUGCUCAUCCUCCUAUUUGGUCAUCUGCCGUGACACAACCACCACAGGGUUAUCAUAAGCAAGUUUCUUUCAAUAUGGAUAAGUCAACAAGGCCAGGUAUGCCCUCACAGGCACCAUCCAGCAAUGGAAAUAACUGGAACCUCAACUUUGUCGGCGCAAAUGGGAAGCAAAAAUCUGUGCCUAAUUCAGAAUUCUCAUUUGCCUGCAAACAUGCUGCAGCUGGUACUAGUCAUAAUAAUACACCAGCGGACGCCUUUACGAGUGAGAGCUCUAUACCGGCAAUGCAUCUACUCAGUCUUAUGAAUCCUCAGCUAAGGUCAAACACUCCAGUUGAUCACCAUGUAAACGCUAAGUUUACCGAAAGACGUUUCCCACCGGUUAACCAGUCAAAGGGAUUUACAGAGUUUCAAACAAGGGACUCUAGUAAGCAACCCUUCCCAACCAAGCAGCUACCUUUUGAUUUCAGCCAGAGAUUCGCGCCCGAGGCUCCCUGCAUGGGUUUCCCCAUCGGUCAACCACUUGGGACGUCUUCAUUUUCAUUUCAAAAUGCUCAAGCUUCAUGGAGUCAACAUCAACAUCAAGAGAAGCAAAACAAGAGAAAAGAAAUGGGUCCUCCUCCGGUUUACAAUAGCCGCGAAAAGGCGCCGGUGUUUGCAAGCGGUAGCGACCAAGGGAAAUUCCAGCUUCUCGGGGCAUCGAAUUCCAUGAUGCUCCCUUUGAAGUUUCAUGUGACGGAUAAAGAAAAGAAACAAAAGAGAAAAGCAGAUAGUUCCAGUAAUGCCGCUGCGUUGGCGAUGAAGAACGUUACUACUGGACCCAUUGAGUGCUGCGUGAAUCGAAACCCGGCUGAUUUCACCAUUCCUGAACCUGGGAAUGUUUACAUGAUAACAGGUGAAAGUCUUAAGAUCCGAAAACGUGCAGCUUCCAAGAGAAAACCAAGCUUGUGUAAGCAGGACACAUUGAAGCAGAAUAAGAAGCCUGUUGCUGGUCCAGCUACAGAAAAUACAUGA